AUGAAACAAGCAGGACUAAUUGACCUAUUAAACAACUGGAAGCUCUUGUAUCCGCUUGCAAACGCGUUUUUGUGCUGUGUUCAGCCUUGGAUGUGCGCGAUUUUCAAUGAAGACGUCCAGAAAAGAUUGAAGAAAAAACUAGGAUGCAGAAGAAACACAGUGAACGGCAGCAUAUUUUUCAUCUCUUCCGCAUCGGGCGUGGCCACUUUGAAAGCAUGAUGUUUCUUCGAUAUAAAAAAGGACCGAUGACGCAUCUUCACAUCUUCUAAGCAACAUCAUCAAAAUAUAUCUUCUGUACAAUCCACUCUAAUUGACUAUUCCAGUCUACUUCUUUUGUUUACAACUUGUUAGCAUGACUAUAAAAAACGUUGUUCACGCUAUUUGUUGUCUCACGUACAUCACUCUUAUUCUUUCUGCAAGC